UAACAAAUUAUCGAUCACAUUGGAAAUCCUUUCGCGGCGUGAUUUGCAGAUUUGGAAUCAUCAUCAGGAUUUUCCUCCAAACGCUACCCAGCCAGCCAGCAGGGGGUUUUCCCGUGCAACACAGCAGCUGUAACCAACCCGCUAAACCCGCCAAGCGAGUUCCCUGGAGAGAGAGAGAGGAAGGGUGAGAUCGCGUCAAAGAGACCGCAAUCCGCGCGAUCCGUUCUACAGCCAGCCGGUUUUGAGUGCGAGAACGCUGAAACACUGUUGACUGUCGCCGAGCUUAGUGUUUGUGACGUGAAUAUGAAUAUGAAUGGUAGUUGAGCUCUCCCGUGCUCCAUUCAGCUUGGGAGCAGUUAAGUGCACAGUCAAAGCGAAUGUGCGAAGCAAGUAGGAAGUGUCGUUGGCAUUGCGGCAUCCUCUGCGGUGAAUGCUGAUAUAGAAGAAGACUGAUAGUGCGCUUUCGCGGUUCAUUAGAGGCGAGUUUCGUAUCAAGAAGACGGUUUUCCCUGCCGAUUGGAGGUCGGUUGUGCUCGCUAGUGUAGUGAUAAAUUAUGAUUACAAGAAAUCGUUAUGUGGCAGCUGUGGUGGUAAUAGUGUUCAGUUCACAUCUGGUCAACGCCCAAAACCGAGCAGGUUGGGUGCAGAACCCUCCUCAGAAUGCAGUCUACUCGCAGCAGCCAACUGUGCCGCAAUCAGGGCAAAUCUAUUUCCCAGAUGGCCAAAACAUUAGCCCAGCGAGGGCGCCUUCACCUGCACCGCCGCCACCGCCACCAGCACCUGUCUAUAGCCAAGGUCAAACACAGUUCCAGUAUGACGCAGCAUCUUUUGCCGUCACUGAACUCGCCAGACAAGUUGGAGCGGUUCUUGGUCAACAAAGCAAUGCGGCUGUGUUCUCACCCGUUAGCAUUGCCUGUGCUCUAUCGCUUCUACUGCUCGGAGCAAGGGACGAGACUCAACGGGAGCUGAUGCAGGUGCUGAACUUCUAUCCUAACGACCAAGACCCCAACUCAAUCCACCGCCAGUACGGUCGACUACUGCAGGAAAUUGCAUCCACAGAACCCGAUGCAUAUCCAAUUGCCUGGCGGAGAUCCGAUCGGUGCAGCGAUGAAGAAGACGACGACUACAGACAAGAAAGUCAAAUCACACACCUAGCGAAUGCCAUAUUUGUACAGAAAGACUUGAAAAUUGAUAACAACUUCGUUCACUGGUCAAGAACGUUCUACAACAGCUCAGUGAAAAACUUAGAUUUCGCCAAUAACCCUCAUAGGUCAGCAUAUCAAAUCAAUCGAUGGGCCAACGAUAACACCUUCGGUAAAAUUAACCAGAUCGUAUCAAACUCCAUCAGUCCCGAUACGCAGAUGAUCGUGGCUAAUGCGUUGUACUUCAAAGGCCUCUGGAAGGAGAUGUUUGAAAAGCAAGCCACUGGCUACAAAAAGUUCUACCCCGAUGGACACGCCAACCCCUCAACGGCCAAGGACGUUCUCACCAUGGCUGCGAUCGGCUGCUUCCCCUACUUCGACUCUCCGCAGUACGACGCCCGAAUCGUAGGGCUCCCUUACCAAGGCGACAAGACCGCUCUCUACAUCAUCAUACCAAACAACUCCUCCCGCCAAAGAAUGCAGCAGUUCCAGCAAGGCCUCACCGCCAAAGACAUCGGAACCAUGGUGUCACAAAUGACCGUCCGCAAGGCACUGAUCCAGAUCCCCAAGAUGAAAAUCUCCAACACGAUCAAUCUUCGGGACGUGCUCCAGCAGCUGAGACUUCGUUCGAUCUUCAACCCAUCGAGCAGUAACCUGUCGGCGAUGCUGGACCCCAACGCCAACCAAAACGGACGUCAACGCCUGUUUGCUAGCGAAAUCGUCCACAAGGUGGAACUGGACGUGAACGAGAUCGGUACCGAGGGAGGAGCCAUCACGGCAUCCACCAUUUUCCGGUCGCUGCCGUCGGUGCAGAUUCGGAUCGACGCCCCGUUCCUUAUGCUGAUCGGCCACGACGCCACCCGGUUGCCGCUGUUCUAUGGUAGCAUCUACGAUCCGACCGGUUGAUUCGAGUGCAAUAAUUUAUUGGAAAUGCGAGUGCUUUGUGUCCUGGGUGUGAGUGCUUGAUUGCGACGGAAUGAUUCAACGUGCAAUGUGUGAACCUGUGAUUUUUUAUUAUCUAGUAGUAUCGAAAAUGAAUAUAAAUACAAAGAACAAUACUCAUAAAAA